AUUUACGCGACGAAUUAUAACUUGAUGGAGGAAGAAAUGGAGGAUGGAAGAGAGAGAGGUGAGAGGAGCCGCAGCCAGAGGAGGCAUGUGUUUGAGGACAUUGAUGUUGAUUUGGUGGUAGGAGAGGAAGAAGAGAAGAAGAAUGAUGAGGUGGUGGGAGAGGAAGAAGAGAAAGCAAGAGUUAGCAUAUGUAUUCCUCCCAAAAAUGCUCUUUUAUUGAUGAGAUGCAGAUCUGAUCCAGUCAAAAUGGCAGCUCUGGCUAACCGUUUUUGGGAAUCACCUGUUCACAAAACCAAAUGUCAAGAAGAAGAAAAAGAAGGGGAAGAACAUGAUGAAGAAGACAUUGUGGAUGAAGAUGAACAAGAAGUAGAAGAUGAUGACACACAGCAACCCAUCAAAGUGAAAGAGGAUGAGCAACAAGUAGAAGUAGAAGAAGAAGAAGAAGAAGAAGUUGAAAGAGAAACCAUAGAAGAUACCAUUUGCCAAAGAGAAACAGAAACUAUGGUGGUGGUCAGUGAAGAAGAAGAAGAAGAAGCCGGGAAGGAAAGCUAUGAAGUUGAAAGCGUAGGAAACAUAGAAAGCAGAGAGUUUCAUGAAGUAAAAGAAGAGGAAGAAAAGAGUGACCAAGAAGCAAAUGAAAAUGCCAUCGAAAAAGGUGAAACUUUAACACAUUCUGAAGCUCAUUCAGAUCUCCACAACCUUAAAACCGAAGGAAAAGAGGUUAAUCUCCAAGAGGCUAUAGAAGUGAGAGAAAACAACGAAAGCUCAGAAAUUUCUUCCACCCCAGAAACGUUCACAGCUUCAGAACCCACCCCAGAAACGUUCACAGCUUCAGAACCGGAAAACGACGACGGAGAGCCAGAAACGGAAGCAGUGACGACCGAAACUUCAGAAGGGUCAACGGAGGAGGAAGAAGAGAAAGUGACUACGGAGACCGAAACGCAAGAACUCUGAACCCCUCUCUCUCUCUUAACCCUUCUCUCUCUACCUCUGCCUUCUCUCUACUUGUGUCCCGCUUGUUUCUCCUCACCUUUCCUCUCUUGUAUACUUGCAAUCAUAAAUAAACGAGGAAUUUCAGAUCUCU